AGAAGCGGUUGGUGGGCUGACUUUCAGAAGAAAGUAUCUCUCCUGUUUAAACUCCUCACCGCGGCCAGCAGCAUCCUGACUGCUGUGGCCCCUGCCCACUUGUCCACUUGGCCCCACCUGGCCAGAAGGAGAGCAAAAGGCUCAAAACUCAUAUCCCAGCCAGAGCCGUGUCUGUGACCGUGACCAUCCAGUGGACAGGUUUGUCAGGUGGUGAGCGCUCCGUCACCAGGAGAGUCCAAGCAGGGACACCAUGGAGGAAAGACCGUACAUAGUGUUCGAGAGCCCUCCCAGGAAGCGAUGCUGCAGGCAGGGGACAUGGCUCACACUUUUGGGUCUGGUGACUGCCUCGAUGUGGGCCGUGCUGCUGACCCUACUUAUCCUGUGGCACUGGGACACUGCACAGAACCUGAAACAGCUGGAAGGAAGUGCCUCCCAGAAUGUGUCUCAAGUUUCCAAGGACUUGGAAGGACACAAGAGUGAUCAGAUGGCCCAGAAAUCCCAGGCUGCCCAGUUGUUGAAGAAACUAGAGAAAAUCCAAGCUGAACAGAAGAGCAUGAAGUCUCGUGAGUCUGAGCAAUCCCGGUACCUGGAUGGACUUGGAGCUGAUCUGAGCAACCUCAAAUCCAAGAGCUUGAACGAGAGGCGUGUAGCCUCAGACUCACUGGAGAGACUCCAGGAGGAGGUGGCAAAGCUGAGGAUGGAGCUGAAGAUGUUGAAUGGCUCCGCGUGCAACACAUGCCCCGAGAAGUGGGUUAAUUUCCAGAGUAAGUGCUACUACUUUGGUGAGGGAUCUCGGAUGUGGCUCCAGGCCAAGUACGCCUGCGAAGACCUGCACGGGCGACUGGUCAGCAUACACAGCUCAGAGGAGCAGAACUUCCUGAACAGACGUGCCAAGAAGGACUCCUGGAUUAGCCUUCAGGACCUGGACAUAGAGGGCAAGUUUAUCUGGUCGGAUGAGAGCCCUGUGGACUAUAGCAACUGGCGGCCGGGGGAGCCCAAUAACCAGGACCCGGGCGAGAACUGCGUGAUGAUGCUCGGUUCCUCGGGGCAGUGGAAUGACGCCUUCUGCCGCAGCCAGCUGGACGGCUGGGUGUGUGAGCAGCUGGCCACAUGCUGACUGCCUGUGCCCUCGGCCUCCUGGGCCGGGCCACUCGGACCUACCCCAGGACGUUACCCCUGACAGCCCCCUGCCUAUCCAGGCGCACCUCCCUGCGCCCCGCCCCCGCCUUGCCUCCUUUACACCCUCCUGCGACAACAGCCAGGCCCACAGCAGGACACUGAGGACCCCAACCAAGACCUGGACAUCUCCGUGGUGUCUGGAGGGCCCUGGUGACAUUUUCUCCCGCUCAAUCUGGCACCAGGUAGCUGACCCCUCCUGUCACCACCUGAUUGAAUUGCGUCCACCCAAAAUAUGUAUUAAAGUCCUGUA